AUGUCUUUAAAUAAAAGUAACAAAACUUCUUCAAUUAAAUCAGCCUAUUCUAAAAAAAGUAUUACACCUAUUGUAUCUCAAAGGGAAAUUAAAGAAUCGACUAAUCUAUCUCUAUCUGUUAUUUCAUUAUCUCCUUUAGAAGAUCUUAUAGAUAUUAAUGAUGAAGAACCACAAAAAUCAUAUGAAAAAAACUAUUCAUUUUUAGUUAGAAGAAUGUCAGUUACCCCUCAGAAAAAAAGAAAGUCUGAAAUCUCAAUUCUGGAAGUAGUAGGCAAACUGUUUUUUGAUGGUAAUAAUGAUGAUAGUGACGAUAUAUUUGAAGAAAAUAAUAAAAGAACCUUUGAAGAUGAUGCUUUAGAAAACUCCUCAGACGAUUUAGACGAAGAUUUUCAAUUGAAUUUUGAUGUACCAAAAACCAAAUCAGAAAAAAAUGAUUUUAAGUACGCUAAAGAAAACUUUGAUGAUGCCUUUUCAUAG